AUGGAAGGUCGCCUGCCACUAGUUCUCGUCUUGUUCCUCGUCGCCGUUCAAUCUUCCGCCGGCUACCGUCCCCUAGAGCAAUACUAUUCCGACGGCCGGUAUUCAUCGAGGGAAGGCGCCGGCAGAAGAUACGUCGACCAUUUCCUCGACUACGCAGAAGCUGCUACCGAUCACGAAACUAGCGAUCUCGCCUACUACGAGCCUCAGCGCUUUGGGAAGUCCACGUUCGACGUGACGGAAUAUGGAGCUGUCGGCGACGGCAGGACCGACUCCUCCAAUGCUUUCCUGAGGGCAUGGGACGAUCUGUGUGGAGCAACGGGAGGGCGGCCGACUCUCGUCAUACCUCACGGGAAGGAGUUCCUUCUUAGCCCUCUUUCUUUCAAGGGUCCAUGCAAGUCCAAAAACCUUUGGAUUCAGCUGCAAGGCACACUCGUGGCACCCGGGAGCAUGAACGCCUGGGACGACAACAACAAGGAGAAAUGGAUUCAGUUCAUGCAAGUAAACGGCCUAACCAUUUACGGAGGCGGGCAGAUCGACGGCCAGGGCAAGAUCUGGUGGGACUAUUGCCAGGAAGACAAGAGCUGCCCACGACCAUCCGCGCUGAGUUUCCACUCGUGCAACAACCUGCGGGUGAGCGGAUUACAGCACGUGAACAGCCAGAAGAACCACAUCAGCAUCAACGGCUGCAACGAUGUGGACAUCUCCCACCUGAAGAUCACGGCGCCGGAGGAGAGCCCCAACACCGACGGGAUCGACAUCUCCGCCUCGAACCACCUCCAAAUCCACGACAGCUUCAUCGGGACAGGCGACGACUGCGUGGCCAUCAACGGCUUCUCUUCCUACAUCAACAUCUCCCGCGUCCUCUGCGGGCCCGGCCACGGCAUCAGCAUCGGCAGCCUCGGCAAAGGCGGCGCGUACGAGACCGUGGAAGAAGUCCACGUGGAGGACUGCACGUUCAAGGGCACGAUGAACGGCGCGAGGAUCAAGACCUGGAAGGGAGGGAGAGGGUAUGCUCGGAAGAUAAGCUUCGAGAGGAUAAGGAUGAUCAACGCGGGGAACCCGAUCAUCAUAGACCAGACGUACGUGAACCGGAUGGCGGCGGCGUCGACUGAUGAGGAAUAUGAUGCUUGGUCGUCGUCGUCGUCAGGGGACGUGGAGAUAAGCGACGUGUCGUACAAGGGAGUGAUAGGGUCGUCUACCGACGCCAGGGCGGUGUACUUCAACUGCGGGGAUGGAGCGGGUUGCAGGAACAUUGUGGUGGAGGAUGUGGAGAUGACGUCUGCGGUUGCUGGGAAGCAGUUGUUUGCGGUGUGCAAUAACGCUCAUGGGACUUCCAGCGCGGAUCGAUCGCCGAGGGUUCCUUGCCUUCUGCCAUGA